GGAGCCGCGGCGGAGGCGCGAGGCGGGCGCCGCGACUGAGGGAGCGUGGGCCGCGGCGCGGUGCGGCUUAGCGGCCGCCUGACCGGCUGCCUUCCCCGGCGUUCCCCUCGGCGCGGGGAGGUCACCGAACGACGGCGGAGCCCGCGAGGCCCGAGAAAGCGGCUGGGCCCGGGCAUGGUGGCCUGGGGCGGCGCGGAAGGUCCUUUGAGGUCAGUAUGUACCAAAUCGUGUAUCUUGUCAUGAAACUUUACUCCUUUUAAUGAAGCUCCACCAUGAGGCGAGGUGGAUGGAGGAGGAGAGCAGAAAAUGAUGGCUGGGAAAAAUGGGGCGGGUACAUGGCUGCCAAGGUUCAGAAGCUGGAGGAGCAGUUUCGCUCAGACGCUGCUAAGCAGAAGGAUGGGACAGCGUCCGCAAUAUUUAGUGGAGUUGCCAUCUACGUUAAUGGAUACACAGAUCCUUCUGCUGAGGAAUUGAGAAAUCUAAUGAUGUUACAUGGAGGUCAAUACCAUGUGUAUUAUUCUAGAUCCAAAACAACACACAUUAUUGCUACAAAUCUUCCUAAUGCCAAAAUUAAAGAAUUAAAGGGGGAAAAAGUAAUUCGACCAGAAUGGAUUGUGGAAAGCAUCAAAGCUGGGAGACUCUUGUCCUCUGUUCCAUAUCAGCUGUACACCAAGCCAUCCACUGCACAGAAGAGUCUCAACUUCAAUCCUGUGUGCAAGCCUGAGGAUCCUGUGCCAGGUCCAAGCAAUAUAGCCAAACAGCUCAACAACAGGGUAAAUCACAUAAUUAAGAAGAUUGAGACAGAAAAUGAAGGGAAAGCAAACGGACUGAGCAGCUGGAAUGAAGACAGUGCAAAUGAUGAUUUUAGUUUUGAGGAUCUGGACCAUACAUUUCUAGGAAGGAAACAAAAUGGAGUAAUGCAUCCCAGAGAUACCACUGUCAUUUUUAAUGGACACACUCAUAGUUCAAAUGGUGCCUUAAAGACACAGGAUUGCUUGGUGCCUGUGGGCAACAGUGUUGCUAGCAGGCUCUCUUUGGACUCCACCCAGGAGGAGAAGAGGGCAGAGAAGAGCCACACUGACUUCAGAGACUGCACAGUGCAGCAUUUGCAGCACAGCACCAGAAGUGCAGAUGCUUUGCGGAGUCCACACAGAACUAAUUCUCUCUCACCAUCUUUGCACAGUAACACUAAAAUCAAUGGUGCUCACCACUCCACUGUUCAGGGGCCUUCAAGCACAAAAAGCACUUCUGUUCUGACUCUUAGUAAAGUAGCGCCUUCAGUGCCAUCCAAACCAUCGGACUGCAACUUCAUUUCAGAUUUCUAUUCUCGUUCAAGACUGCAUCACAUCUCAACAUGGAAGUGUGAAUUGACUGAGUUUGUCAAUACCCUACAGAGACAAAGUAGUGGUAUCUUUCCUGGAAGGGAAAAGUUAAAAAAAAUGAAAACAGGCAGGUCUUCUCUUGUUGUAACUGACACAGGCAAUAUGUCAGUAUUGAACUCACCCAGACCUCAGAGCUGUGUAAUGCAUGUUGAUAUGGAUUGCUUCUUUGUAUCAGUGGGUAUACGAAAUAGACCAGAUCUCAAAGGAAAACCAGUGGCUGUUACAAGUAACAGAGGCACAGGAAAGGCACCUUUACGUCCUGGUGCUAACCCACAGCUGGAGUGGCAGUAUUACCAGAAUAAAAUCCUGAAAGGAAAAGCAGACUUGUGUCCUGGCCUCUGAUUUCUCCAACCGUCCCUCCACAUUCUCCAUGUGCCCGUCUAGUUUGUCAAGUUUUGAUCAGCAGUUCUCUACUUUGCCCUCCAGUGAGGACAGUGUAUCCCUGCAUUUCCCCGAAUCUCACAUGAAGCAACUCACUCCGCUGGUGGAGAGACCCACGCAUUCUGCUGCAUUGUGGAACAGCAGAUAUACCAGAUUCAUCAAUAUGGGAGAAUCAAGAUUCUACAUCAACAAAUGGAAUUGAUUCUAUUCUGUCAAAAGCUGAAAUUGCUUCUUGUAGUUAUGAAGCCAGGUCCCUCAAAGUUGUGGAACCCUGGCUCCUGCCCAGAGUGAUGUCCUACCAUACAAUGCUGUUGGCAUCUCAACCACUGCGGAGCCAUUGAGGAGCAUUGGAAUUGGUCAAUUGGGAAUUGGGUGACAAGUUGGCAUUAAGAACGGAAUGUUUUUUGGGCAUGCUAAACAGCUGUGUCCUAAUCUGCAAGCAGUUCCAUAUGAUUUUCAUGCAUACAGGGAAGUUGCCCAGGCAAUGUAUGAAACACUGGCAAGCUACACACACAGCAUUGAGGCUGUAAGUUGUGAUGAAGCGCUGAUUGACGUCACUGACAUCCUUGCAGAGACUAAACUUUCUCCUGAGGAGUUUGCAACUGCCCUCCGUAUGGAAAUCAAAGACAAGACUAAAUGCGCUGCCUCUGUUGGAAUCGGUUCUAAUAUUCUUCUUGCUAGAAUGGCAACUAGAAAAGCAAAACCAGAUGGUCAGUACCACCUGCAGGCAGACGAAGUAGAUGACUUCAUCAGAGGGCAGCUUGUCACUAACCUACCAGGAGUUGGACGUUCAAUGGAAUCUAAGCUAGCAUCUUUGGGAAUUAAGACUUGUGGUGAUUUGCAAUGUUUAACCAUGGCAAAACUCCAGAAAGAAUUUGGCCCCAAGACAGGGCAGAUGCUAUAUAGGUUCUGCCGAGGUUUGGAUGAUAGACCUGUUAGAACAGAGAAGGAACGAAAAUCUGUUUCAGCCGAGAUCAACUAUGGAAUAAGAUUCACCCAGCCCAAAGAAGCAGAAGCUUUCCUUCUGAGUCUUUCAGAAGAAAUUCAAAGACGACUUGAAGCUGCUGGCAUGAAGGGCAAACGCCUGACUCUGAAAAUCAUGGUACGGAAGCCAGGGGCCCCUGUAGAAACUGCAAAAUUUGGAGGCCAUGGAAUUUGUGAUAACAUCACCAGGACUGUAACUCUGGACCAGGCAACAGAUAGUGCAAAAAUAAUUGGAAAAGCUACUCUAAACAUGUUUCAUACAAUGAAACUAAAUAUAUCGGAUAUGAGAGGGGUUGGUAUUCAUGUGAAUCAGUUGGUUCCUGCUAGUUCAAGUCAUGCAUCAGCUCAGUCAGGCCUCUUCCCUGGUCGGCCACAUUCUGUCCGUGAUCUCUUCCAACUACAGAAAGCUAAGAAACCCACAGAAGAGGAGCACAAGGAAGUACUUCUGGCUGCUGUGGAUCUGGAAGUGUCCUCCACCUCUAGAGCUUGUGGUUUACUGUCACCCCUGUCUGCACAUCUGGCAGCUAGUGUCAGUCCUGACGCUAACAGAGGCGAGUGUUCCAGGAAAUGGAAUGGCCUGCACUCUCCUGUCAGUGGACAGUCAAGGCUGAACCUCAGUAUAGAGGUCCCAUCACCAUCACAGAUUGACCAGUCUGUCUUAGAAGCGCUCCCACCUGAUCUCCGAGAACAAAUAGAACAAGUUUAUGCUGCUCAGCAAGGAGAGCCACGAGGCACCAAGAAGAAAGAGCCAGUAAAUGGCUGCAGUUCAGGGGUAUUGCCACAUCCUGUUGGCACAGUUUUAUUACAAAUACCAGAGACUCAAGAACCUAAUAAUAGUGACACCAGGAUCAGCGUCAUUGCCCUUCCAGCAUUCUCACAAGUGGACCCUGAUGUCUUUGCUGCCCUUCCUGCUGAGCUUCAAAAGGAGCUGAAAGCAGCAUAUGAUCAAAGACAAAGGCAGGGAGAGGAUGCUACUCAUCAGCAGCCAGCUAGUGCAUCUGUGCCAAAGAAUCCUUUACUUCAGCUAAAGCCACCAGCAAUGAAAGACAAGAGAAACAAGAAGAAGAACCCUAUUGGUUCUCCCAGAAAAAUCCAAAGUCCUUUGAAAAAUAAGCUGCUUAGCAGUCCUGCAAAAACUCUGCCAGGAGCCCAUGGCAGCCCCCAGAAGUUAAUGGAUGGCUUUCUACAACAUGAAGGAAUGGCUUCGGAGAGACCCCUGGAAGAAGUCUCAGCUUCCAACCCUUGUGCACAGGAUCUAUCUAGCUUGCAGCCUGGCCAGAGCAGCCGUUUUAGACCAGUAGCACCCAACCUAGCUGGAGCUGUGGAAUUCAGUGAUGUGAAGACCUUGCUCAAAGAAUGGAUCACUACUAUCUCAGAUCCAAUGGAAGAAGACAUUCUGCAAGUUGUGAAAUACUGCACUGACCUUAUAGAGGAAAAAGAUUUGGAAAAAUUGGAUCUUGUUAUAAAAUACAUGAAAAGGUUGAUGCAGCAGUCGGUGGAGUCCGUAUGGAACAUGGCGUUUGACUUUAUUCUUGACAAUGUUCAGGUGGUUUUACAGCAGACUUAUGGAAGCACACUGAAAGUUACCUGACUGUCCGGAGAGCCUGGUGCUCUCUGCUAGCUGUGCCAGCAGUGCUUGUGAGGUAUUUGCAAAGUGCAUGAUAGUGAUGCUCUGAGUUUUCAUAAUUCUACAUUUCUUUUUAAGCAAGUGUUUUGUACAUUUCUUUUCAAAAAAGUGCCAAAUUUGUCAGUAUUGCAUGUAAAUAAUUGUGUUCAUUCUUUUACUUGUAGCAUAGAUUCUAUUUACAAAACGUUUGUUUAUAAAGUUUUAUGGAUUUUUACAGUGAAGUGUUUACAGUUGUUUAAUAAAGAACUGUAUGUAUAUUUUGUA